GGGAGUCGUGCAGCAGCAGCAGCCACCUAACCUAACCUCCAAAUUCUUCCAAAUUAACCAAUCGGUCGGCAAUUAAAUAUAAAAUCAGCGAUGGAUUCACUGCCUGGAGGUUUAUCUGGGGCGCAGAAGGACGAGCUCAUGGACCAGGUGAAGCAGCAGAUUGCCGUGGCCAAUGCACAGGAAUUGCUCACAAAAAUGACUGAAAAGUGCUUCAAAAAGUGCAUCACCAAACCGGGCACUUCUCUGGACAGCUCAGAACAAAAAUGCAUCGCUAUGUGCAUGGAUCGGUAUAUGGACUCGUGGAAUCUCGUCUCCAGAACGUACAGUCAAAGGCUGCAGAGGGAAAGACACAACAUGUAGUGUUUUCGGUACGGGAAUGUAUGUAGUGACAUUUGAAGUGAUGAUUUUUUUUUGUCUGCUCCAGACACCAGUGCAUUUAACGUUUGGGGUGUUUUCUUUUUAUAUUAUGUACAUACUUCAUUCAAAUUUUGUAAAUGAAACUGUGUGUGUAUAUAAAGCAAAAGUAACAUAUUCAGGGCAUUUUUAUCAUAUUGCCAAACAAUGUACAUUGGUUUUCUUUUUAUUUACACUCUCCAUGUAGCAUUUUGUUAAAUAUAUUAUUUUCAAAACAA